CACGGCGUUGGAAUCUUUCGAUUCAACGUUGUCUGGUCGAAUGAGCAACGUUUCUUACUUGUUUGGUUGCUUUGAAAAUUCUCGCUUCCUUUCAGGCACGCCGAAGGAAUCUCUAUAGCCGGAGAAAUACUGUUUUCUAGGGUUCGGAUCUUAAAACCGAGCCACAUGGCACCAUUACCGGCCGACCAACCCGGCGAUUCCCCUACCGUUGCCGGUACUGCUACCGAGUCUCAACGAUCUUUACCUACUCCGUUCCUUACCAAAACCUAUCAACUCGUUGAUGAUCCUUCCAUUGAUGAGUUGAUUUCAUGGAAUGAAGACGGGUCGAGUUUCAUCGUUUGGCGCCCUGCUGAGUUCGCUUGUGAUUUGCUCCCUAAAUACUUCAAACAUAAUAACUUCUCUAGCUUCGUCCGCCAACUAAACACAUAUGGUUUCAGGAAGGUAGUGUCGGAUCGAUGGGAGUUCGCUAACGAUUGUUUUCGAAGAGGCGAUAAAGGGCUUCUUCGAGACAUACAGCGCCGGAAAAUAACUGCUACCGUUGCUGCUGCUUCCGGGAUAGUGACCGUUGCUGCGGUUCCUUGUACUAAAGUAUCAGCAUCACCGUCUAAUUCGGGGGAGGAGCAGGUUUUUUCGUCGAGCACGCCUCCAGUCUCCACCGUUCUACAGCGGAGCACGAGUUGCACAACGACGCCGGAGCUUUUAGAGGAGAACGACAGGCUUAGGAAAGAAAACAUGCGGCUGAACCAGGAGCUGACUCGGUUGAAGGGAUUGUGUAACAGUAUCUUCACUUUGGUGACGAACUAUGCUUCGGGUCAGGCGGAGUAUCACCAGAGCGUGGGGGAAGGGAAGGCGUUGGAUCUUUUGCUGGCAGGGGAUCCGGCAGGAGCGACGGAGGAUGGUGGUUCGAAGGCGGCGAUGGAGAUGGAGGAUGGGGAACAAGAGGAGGCGGGGGAGGAUGUGACGCCGAAGUUGUUCGGAGUUUCCAUUGGGGUGAAGCGAAUGAGACGAGAGGGUGAGGAUGAGGAGCUUGACCAUAAUCAAGUACAGCAGCUAGAUGUUGAGCCUGGUUCUGUGGUCAAAGUAGAACCGUUGGAUGGGAAGACGGAUGAUCAGGAUUCCACGUUGCUGGAGCUCGGGAAAUAAUUCAAAGAUCUGUCGUUUAUACUUU